AACAGGACGUACGUACUCGAACAAGUAGUACCAGUAGCGAGCACGCCCAUAUUAUCAUUGGUGUCACUACAGUUUAUUUAUUUGUUUAUAAUUUUGUAUAACUUACAUCGCUUGUCGUGUAAUGGCGGAACAGAUAACGAGAGAAGAUGCGUUGACACGUGAAGGUUACAAACACGCAUGUCACAUUAUGCUGUACGGAGACUGCAGUGCCAAACUCUUCGGGAAAAUACCAAUCAAACAUAUAGUUCUGAUGCAGAUGCGUUUUGAUGGGUUGCUUGGUUUCCCAGGGGGAUUGGUGAACCCUUCGAAAGAAACUUUGGAGGCGGGGCUGAGCAGAGAGCUACAUGAAGAGGUGGGCGUGGCCAUACCAGUGGGCGUCGAUGACCACAUAUCUUCGUGCCUGGCUCCAUCCUGCCCUCGUCUCAUCACACACUUUUACAUCAAAAAGAUGACAGAGUCAGAGCUGAAAGAGAUAGAGAAAGCAGCUGUAACUACGGCCACAGAUCAUGGUUUAGAGGUGUUGGGUAUGGUUAGAGUACCACUGUACUUUCUAAAGAACGGAGGUGGUCUUCCUUAUUUCCUGUCUCAUUCGUUUAUCAGUAACUCCCGUGCCCAGCUGAUCUCUGCCCUGCAGCGAUGUGGCUUGGUGUCCCAGGGGAACCUGGAUAAGGCUGUGAGACAGGCUGAGCAGAUGAGAUGCACACACAGCGCUGAUCCGCACUGACAUGAGUUUACACAGCGGUGCCUUUUUACCUUAGGGCCAUGCAGAUCUCGCAUCAGCCCAACUCCCAAAGCUACGGUAGUAGGAACUACCCCGUGUACUUACCUUAACCUUGUUAACAGAGCCUCGUGUAUUUAUUAUAAUUUACUGUCCUGGGGCAAAAUUGUAGCAUAAAUAAAUUAAUAAAACAUCA